AUGGCUCCGAGGAGUAUUCCUCCACCGGAUAUACCUCGCGGCGUACAGCUAAAAUACUCGGCGCAAUACUAUUUCGAUAGGAAUGCUCUGAACUCUGUCAAACCUCCAGUGGAAGGGCCUGUAGCAGAAGGUCCACCGUUGACGACAGCUGGAAAAGAUAAAACAUCGCCAUGUGCUACUAAGGCACAAAGCAAAAUUUGCUUCGACCGGGUGCCAACUCCAGGCCCAGCCUGGUGGUGGGAUGGACACUGCUUUUAUGAAUGCACAGGUAAUCAAGCAAAUCCAAAGGAACCCACGGGCAGCGUAGCAUGUUCGGAUGUGCAAAAACCUUGC